AGUCGCUCGGCGACCGCGGCGCGGCUAUCCCGCCUCGCGAGAAUUCAAAUUCCGAACGCAUACCCGGUUUUUAAAUUUGAAAUAUGAAAAUGGAAUAGGAAUUUGAAAGUGGAUUUUGAAGUUUAGAAUUUGUUUGAGAAUCUCGCUGUGCAAAUAUUUGAUAUUCUUUGUGUUCACGUUGAACGUUGUUUGUGGCCAGUUUGAAUUUCAAUAUUUCAUGCAGGUGGCGUGGCCGGACAAGCCGUGUCGGUUUCCACUCAGGCGGACAUAGCACACUUGGCUAAAGGCUACGAGUCAGAGGAUGAAAACGCGGGAAGAAAACGCCAGAGGGCCAGCGACGAGCGGCCAGCGGGCAAGACCACCAUGUACUCUAAGCAGGAGUUCCGGGAGCAGUACUGCAUCAACAACAAACAACUGGAUCUGCUGGAACUGGAGAAGUCCAAGAAGGACAGAUUCCUCGGCUGCCUCUCGCAGUACCACAUCGAGAGUCCAUGCUCACGGACCAAUAGAGCAUCAUUUCUAUCCGUGUGUGUCCGUCGUCGGGUGCCCUCCGAUGAGAACCUUAACACCGAUUAUGCUCCCAUACAGCGGUAUCCAAGGUAUGGCCAACCCUCGCCUGCUCCCGCCGAGGUGUGUGCAUACGAUGCCGAUCUGGAAUGCUCGUACUUCCGCAGGAGACCUCGCUCCGUGUGCAGCCAGCCUGACCCCAAGCGGUACACCUGGAUGCCAGAGGAUGAAGACUUCACCCGGAUGGAGUGGCCACAAUCGGUAAUAGAAGAUAACGCGGGUUGGCCCCAAAAUUACAAUGUGGACCAAAUCGCGUCAGUAACCCGAGGAGGCUCUUUACCUAGACCACCUAUAAUGCCUUGUCCCGCUCAUACACCGAUACCCCCACCACCCCCGCCGCCACCUCUCACUAUCCCGCCAAACAGAACAAAGCACGUAUCAUUCGCCCGCUCGCAUACUUUGACCACUUUCGACGACUCUGUCAUGCCCGCUGCAGUAGGAGGUAACAGGUUCCGAAGAGAUUGUGAAAGACUCAUUGAUGGAAGAGCUGUCAAACCCGAACCGAAGCCAUACCCCACAGUGCCCGUAAUAUAUCAACAAUUUGCACCGUACCCACAAUACAUCCCGGGACAGACAGUUCCUUCUCCAGUGGCACCAGUUCACUAUCCAGGACAGUACGCCACUCUCCCCCACACGUCGCAAACUAUUCAGAGGCCGACACAAACUGAACAGCCUAAAGUCGUACUACUAGAUUCAAUUAAGAAAGGAGUUAUGAGAACACAAGCCACUCAGACUGAAGUAUGUUUAGGAAGAAAACCGCUGCCACCAAAUUAUUUGUCACUAAGUCCUCGUACAAUUAAAAGGGUAAAAAUGGUAGCUGCUGGUGUUCAAACGAAUGGGUUCACAGUAGGUGCACGACGAUUAACUAAGUCAUUUUCAGAAGUUGGGGGAGAUAGGCUAGCUGGUAGAGACAGUCAAGAAGAUAUUAAUGCAACUAUUGAAAGUUUCAUUGGCACAGAUCAUGAAAAAUUACACAGAACACAAUCAGAAGAGCCACCCAGAUCACCACGUUCACCAACUUCUAUGGUGCCACCUUCACCUAUAAUGCAAAGAAUGGACUCUGAUGAAGUAACAUCCUCAUCUAUCAAAUCUGUUACAUCAUCCCAACUUGACAAAUGUUCUGAGUUGAGUGCACUACAGAGACAAGCUCAAGAGUAUUUUCAACAAAACUUCCAAUUUAUACAUGAAAGCGACAGGGACGAUACUAUAGAUGAUGAUAUAGAAACUAUCGAAAAAAGUAUGGCUUUGAAUCGUAGAAAUUUGGAAUAUCUGCAGCAAGAAAUAGCGAAACAAGCAAAAGGAGAACAAUCACUUAGGUCAAUUUUAACAAAAACUACGAGUGAUACCUCUCAAAAAACAGUAAAUUCAUCUCAUCCAUUUUCAAAAACAUCUACUUUCCAAUCAGAACCUUCAACUGAAACUUCUGCAACGACCACUGAUGAUAGUGAAAAAAAUGAAAAAGAAAUCAUUAUUGAUUUCGAACCAAGACCAGACGAUGAAGCUAUUCCAUUUACUACAUUGAAUAGAAAGAGUAGGAAAUUGCAUAAAACUUUGUCAGAAGGGGAAAUACUUUUAGACGUACGUAAGACUGAGUUAAAUAGUGAAACUGUUAAAGAUGCUCCGCUGGUAAUGUCAACAAGCCAAGAAAAUAUGACUAGAGAAGAUCGAGAAAGAGAAGCAAUGUAUAGACAAUAUAUUGGUCAAAAUUACACACAAACACCAAUAAAAGAUGAAGGCAUAUUCGGAUUUGAACCAGAUGGAUCGUUUAGUUCUUCCGACGGCAAUGCACCAUAUGAAGAUUUUCAUGAAAAGUACAUUAGUUACAAGCAUGAACCGUUUAGAAACAGAAGCGUAAGUUUCGAGCAGCGAACAGAAAUUAUCAAUAAAAGGGAAUCUCCUGAUAGCAGCACUGCCAGAUCGAGCCCAGGAUCACCUGAACCUGAAAGUACAAUUGAAGUAGAGAACAGAACAAAAAGAGCUAAAAUCUCUAAUAAUGUCACCACUAUCUUAACUCCAUUAGAAAAGUCAUCUCCGUGCGCCUCUAAUGAAUCACUCACUGUUGAUCAUAGUAGGGAUCAUUCUGAUGGUAUGUGGAAUGAAUCUCAAACAACAGUUUUGCAAGUAGAUUCAGGAACAGAAAAUGGCACUGUAAUAAGUUCUUCUGAUCUCAGUUCCCUAGCAGCUUCACCAGGUGCAUUAGCAUUGCUCACACCCACAUCCAGAAGAAAACAAUUACUAUUGCUUCAACAUCAGCAACGGUCGUCACUGGAUACAGAUGCGUUAGAUGAGGAAUUCGACGUUUCACAAAGUCAAUCACCUACAUCGCCCAGAAAUAAAUUAGACACAUCCAGUUCAAGUUCAGCUCAAGCUCGAUCUUCCUUAUCACCAUCAGCAGUGGUUCCCAAUAUAACAUUGCCAAUUACUAAACAACCAACCAUUUCAAAAACUUCUCCAAUUGGACCAUCAAAAAUUCCUCAUACUCCAGCCAUUGCUAUCACUCACCCAAGUUUAGACUUAGCUGAUGUUCCAUUUAAGAGAACACCAAGUUUUAUUAAUAAAAAACGAGAACGAGCAUUGAGUCCUUCAAGAAGAAAGGAAUUGCAAAAGAAAGCUCAGCAAAAAGAACCAAAUGGCACUCUUCCUCAUCAAAUCAUAGAAUCACCUUGUGAAGCACCUCUGAGUAAAACAGCCAGCAGUGAUACUAGUUUAGCUAGAACCGAUUCUGGUAAAAUAAAUACGACAGAUGUUUCUGAAAGCACGACAACGACUGAAGACUAUGUGACUGCAAAUUCUGACAGUUCUAAAAAGAGUGGUACUAAAAAUCAGAAUCAUAAUCCUGAAAAUAAUAAAACACAGGAAGGCUCGUCCUUUGAAAGUGCAUCCAGUCUGUAUUCUUCUACUCGAACAGAAAUGAUUGCGGAAGAUUUGAUUGUUCCCUGUUUUUCGCCGCCAUUACAAAUCAGUGACGAUUUCAUUGUCCCAGAUCUAUCAUCUCCUCCACUGCCUUUACCUGAUAGAAUUCCUAGGACAACUGUAGAAAAAAUUGAAGUGAAGGCAGAAGUAAAUCCGACCAUUAAAAGUAUUAAGAGAGACAAGACUGAAAUCAUUAAACCUACGGAAGAACUACCGAAAAUCACAAAGCGCUCUUCUCGAGACACAAUAAGUGGUAAAAGUAGUUCAAGUGGCAGUUAUAGUAUAGGUUCAAAUCCUAAUGUUACAGAAGAUAUUGAUAAAACACCUACUGAGAACAGUAAGAACAUUCCUGAAAAACUAGAAGCCAAAAUAAAGGAGACCAUUGCAACAAGCCCAAUGACUGAAAAGGAACAACGAGUUCCUAAAAUGAUGGUAAAAUUUGGUUCACUAUCUGAUGACGAAAGAAGUGUUCAUUAUUCGUCUUCUGGAUAUUAUGAAAGUCCUGUUGAGGAUGAAGAUGAUGGAGGUUUGACUUAUAAACAUUCUCAACGUUAUCGAACUUCAAAUAGACAAAAAACUUGGCUAGAAGAAAAGCGAAGGAAAAAGAAGGCGUUUACUUUGGAGUUUUCAAAAUCAUAUGACGACUCAGUAUCUACGUCACAAGAUGACUGGAGUAAAAAACCAAAAGAUCCGGAUAGUAUUAGUCAAAAGUCUGAGAGGAGUAUAUUCAAACCAUCAAAUUCGAAGUCACCAUUGGAUGAUAAAAUAACUGAACCUAGAAAAAAGAAGACCCACUUUAUGGAAAAAACCAAAAGUGUACAAUCGUCUCCGCGAGAUGCAAUAGAUAUAGAGAAAUCUAUCAAAGAAAAAAUAGCCAAAGAGAAGGAAGUAGAGUCAAAAAGGCCUCAAGAAAGAGAAAGAUAUGUAAAACGAACAAAAUUAAAGGCCAAAAGCCCUACACAAAGCAAAACAAUCGAUGGUAGUCACGGUUAUAGGCCUCAGCAUUAUGACAGGCGCGAGGCUUCGGGUUCUAAUAUGAAAUUGCAACUCAAUAUUCCUACGUCUGAUGAUUCUAGUGAACAGUACAGGAAAGAUGGUACGGGAAACGGGAAUAUAUCACCACGAAAACAUAGACGUUUACGAGAUAGCCCUAGAAGGAAAACUGGAAGUAAUUGUAGUUCAGUAAAAUCACCAACUUCAAACAACAACCACACUAUUUACAGUUGUAGGCCACGAAAAAAAAGUGGUUCAAACGAAAGCAUAUCACUGCCUGGCAGUUUGCCGAGAAGAAAACAGUCGAUACCAACAGUACCGUGUCUCGGUUCGUUAGAAGCCGAAGAUAUUGAGACAACGAGGACUCUUACAAGUGCUGGUUCUCGGUUGACACCUUUGCGUUACAUCAAAAGUCCAACAACAUCUCCUAGGCACCACAGAAAACAAGAUAAAGAUGGAAAAUUCGCAAAAGCAGCUUCAGCAGAAUCCUUGAGAUCAGUGUCACCAGGAUCGGAUUCUGUGUUUUAUUCCGAGCAAACGGAACAUAGUUUCGCUGGAGCUGAUGGAGAAGCGAAAGCGCAUUGCUUGCAUUGUGGUAAAGAAGUUCAUAUUGUGACCGCUCCUCAUGAACAUGAUAGCAGAGCUUCAAGAACAUCUCAUACUGAUGAAUCUUACGCUGACGCUACUCCUGAAAUAGUACCAGCUCCGGCGGGGUUUGCUGACUCUCCUUCUUGUGUAAGCUCUAAAAAACAAGCAAGUGGCGCACGCCUGUAUAAAAAAUUAGAUAAAAGAUACAGAUCUGAAGACAAAACAAGGCACUAUAGGAGCCGACAAGAUGUUAGAGCAAAGUCUGAAGAAAGAGGUAAAGAAGAAUAUGCAGCAACUGACAAACCACAAGACACAAGAAUAGCAAGGUCGGCUGGAAACAGUUUAGAUAAAUUAGCUAGCUCAGGAAGUGUAGACCCAGAUGAUUCGAGUAGGCGGGAAGACAAAAAACAUGAAGAAUGCUCUGGAAGUUCUGAAGGUGCUGAUGGAUCGAAAGAAGAACGAGGAGUAUAUGCAGCUCCAUGGUGGUGUGGAAACUGGAUAUUGUUAUCUGAAAGUGACGACCAUUGGACAAGAAUUCCUCCAGACGUCUUAGAUACAAGUGAAAACAGCAAAGAAGACCCAACAGAAUCUGAAUCCGAAUUUAACAAAAGAUAUGUGGCUCUCACACAUCGUCUCGUUCACAGAAGAGCUUGUAUUGAACUGAAUAGAAGACAAGCUGACAAUUCUUUUGAGAGUGACAAAACAGUGGUAGUAAGACGUGGCAAUGAGGAGUUUGGAUUUAGGAUCCACGGGAGCAAGCCAGUCGUGGUGUCAGCGAUCGAACCCGACACCCCAGCUGAGACGUCAGGCUUGGAGGUCGGGGACAUUGUCAUAGCUGUUAAUGGGAUCAGCGUAUUAGACAAAACCCAUUCAGAAGUAGUGAAAAUUGCACAUUCUGGAUCAGAAAUAUUGGAAUUAGAUGUAGCACGAACCUGUGAAGUAGUAGCAUCCUUAGCUCACGAAGGUGGACCAGCUGCCUUGUACUCUGGAUACUUAUGGCGAGCCACGCCAGCGAGACCUCACCACCCACCUCGCUGGACACGACGAUGGUUCGUCUUGAAGCGAGACAACUGCCUCUACUAUUAUAAGACGGACUCAAGUAUCCACCCUGUCGGCGCUCUAAUGCUGGUGAACUAUCAACUAACUGAAGAGGAUGCAGGGAGACCACAUGGCUUCAGACUGCAGCGCGGCGGUGGCACAAGACUACAGCUCGCAGCUGACAACGGAGAAGCAGCCGCCAGGUGGCGUGCUGUGUUAGCACACGGUAUUGACGCCAGCAAUCAGAGAGAUGGUUGGUUAGAAGUAACAAUGAGGAAUAUGAAACUACCGCCAUCUUCUAUCCCCCGGCCUGACUGCUUCGGCUACCUCAUGAAACUUGGGUCCAAAUGGAAGUCCUGGGCGAAAAGAUACUGCGUGCUGAAAGACGCUUGCUUAUACUUCUACAAUGAUGGAAACAGCAAGUGUGCAUUUGGCAUGGCAUGCCUUCACGGCUACAGAAUACAGACGUGCGCGCCGGGCGGCAAAAAAUAUGCCUUCGAAGUGAUGCCCACGGAGCCCAAACAGAGGCACUUCUACUUCCACACUGAGUCUGAGAUGGACAGGAAACGAUGGAUGGCAGCCCUGGAAUAUUCCAUAGACAGGUGGAUGAAGGCUGGUUGACUACGCCACUUCAUACUAGAAGAUCCAUUCGAUUUCAUAUAAUUAUAGUUAAUUAAAUUAUUUGUUCGACUCUUUUGUACCUUAUUCCCGUUACCUUAAGCCUAUAGUCCGUUGAAAUUUUAAACAAACCAAAAAAGGUCCAUUCUUUGUUAUUAUUCUUAAUCUUCUAUGAAGACUACCGGUAGUUUUUGUUCUCUUUUUAUUUGCAAAAUUGUAUAUGAAUGCACUGCACAUUGCAAUUUUAACACAAACAAAGAAACCAUAAGGUAGGCAAUUAUUAACGCAGUAUUUGCCGAGGAUGAAAAAUUAUGUCUUUGAAAUUUUUGAGAAAAAAAAUAUUAAUACCAUUGAGCACAAUUUAUUUAGAAAAUGUGAGUGUUAGACAUAUGUGCGUAUUUAUUAUUUAAAUUCAUAGAAUUUUCCACAUAAGAAUGAUCUUAAUGAAAAAACUUAAUUAAAUUUAAAUGGACUAAACGUGUUUCUUUUUAGGAUAACCUGUUAGGUAUUAUGUUAUUUUAUACAAAUUAUAUGAGAAAGUGAAAAAAUAAUAUCAUCACCAAAAAUAUAAUAUCAACCAACAAUGUCACCAUAAUCUAAUAAUAAAUAUAGAAUUAUAUUAUUUUACACAAAUAUUUACAAGAUACAUUUUGGGAAUGAUAAUAACAAAAAAAUAUUUGUACUUAAAUAGUUUAAUUUGGAGAACAUAAUUACAUAUCGAGAAAAUUUAUUAUAUGCAAUAUAAAAUUCAUAUUAAAAGUUAAUAUUCAAACAUGUACAAAUUUUCUUCUUGCCAGAAAUAAAGAAGAACAAAGAAUUUGAAAAUAUAGUACCAGCUUGAACUUACUAACUUGCAUGCAGAUGUUACAAUAUAUAAAAAAAUACAUUAUUUGAUGAAUUCGAUUUUAUAUAGCUUAUUGAAUAUACAUUCUAAAAUCAAUAAAUUAUAGUAUUUGAACCAGUGAAAAGGCAGUGAAUGUAAUAUAAUACAAUAUUUACAACGAGAUUGACAUAAAUUAUUAUUAGCAUAUACCUAGUUUUAAUUCUAUCACGCCAAAAUAUUACGAUGUUUAUAAUAUAAUAUCAUAGAAAUUACUAACAAAAUUGCAAAAUUGCUUUAAUGAAUUUUAUAACUAAAUUAGAACUUAAUAAUUGAAUUACAAAUCACUUACAGAGGUAAUCGAUAUAUUUAUCAAAACAGCGAAAAAUGAAUAAAGGAAAUAUAUAACUAAAAUAUUUACAUGUAAACCUAUGUAUUUGACUAUAGAUUUUUAGGUAAUAUUACCUGAAAAGGAAAAAUAUGGCGAAAGUCUAUUACUUAUAUGCACCUAAAUUAUAAUUGGGCAUCCUAAAACUACAUCGUUUUCAGUUUAAUUGGGUUUAAUUACAAAUUUUCAUGAAUUUAAUGAUGUUAUAUGUCACUGCUACACUCCUAGGAAGGUAGUAUUUUAAUGUAUGUAUGUUUAUAUUUGUGACAAGGUACUCGCACACUCAUUAAUAAAAUAUUUGAACCGACAUAUAACAAUAUGAAGUUACGUAUUUGCUCUUAACAAUUAUGAAAAUGAGAAUAAUUGAUGAUAAUUAUUUGAUUAGAUUUUACUCUCAUGAUAUGGUACUGAAUUAAAUAGUAAUUUGUAUUGUUGGAUCGAGGACUUGGAAUAUAGGAUAUCGGCUUAUGAAUAGGUAAUGAAGGAAUGGCAACUGUUAUAAUGUAUGUAUAAUCUUGCCAAAGAGAAAAUAUAAAAGACGUUUCAUGAAAUUAAAUGAAACUAUAAUAAUUUUCCGUAAAUUUCCAAAUUAAAGGUGCCAAAAUGAACAUUAAACAUUGGUUGAAGGAACCAAUAUUAAGAUUUUGAAAAUUCUAAAUAUAUAAGCAAUUAAUAAUAUAGCUUUAGAUAAAAAGAACUAUCAUGUUACAUUGAAAAAGAAUAUUGGGCGAUGAAUAUUAAAACAUAGAAAUAAAAUCAAAUAAUAUUCCUAUUAUAAUAUGUAGUAUACAUAAAAAUAUUUACUAGACGUGGUACCUAUGUAGAUUACAUAGAAACUAGUAUACAUAAAUAAUAAUGUGCCAAUACUUGGUAAAUAGGGAAAUAGUGGUUUUGAAUAAACUUUAGUUGUGAUUGUAACCUUGUUUUACAUCAUUAUUAUCAGUGUUGUGAAUUUAAUACAUGUUUUUAAUAGCUUUCUUAUUUUUAAUAUAUUAGUUUUGUUCAUAAAAUUUGUAAAUAUAAUUAGUUAUUUAAAGGGUUGAAAAUAAUUUAUGAAAAAUUACAUCAUUAUAUUGGAAUUAAUGUUAAAUAUUAAAAUACAAAAUGUAAUAUUCGUUUUCCCCUUAGCAUGUGGUCCAUACUAGGUGACUUAAAAAUUGUGCAUUAAAAUAAUACAUUAAUUGAGGAAUAAAAUUUCAAAGCGAUCUUUUGUAAAUAAAUAAUCAGGUAACGCUCAAAUAUAUUAAUUAAUUAAUAAAUAAAAAAGACUUGAAGGCAUAAAACAUUGGUAAAAAGCUUAUAGAUUUUAGACUUGUAUACCUGUUAGUGAGUGUUUAAUGAUAUAUUAUUGAGACUUUUUGUUAUAUUAUUGCAAAUUUAUAAAUGCACGUUGUAAUAAAAUAGUUAAUCGUCUAUUGGUAAUUCAUAGAUUUAUAUAUAUAACGAAAAAAUUAUAAAAUAGCAUUAAUGUGUUCAGUAAAUAAGUAUACAGAACAGCACGAGAUGAGCAGGUUAAAAGUUUAUUUAUUUUUAUGUAUUUAAACAGCGUAUAUAUUGUUAUCUGUGCCAAAUAUUGCCAAUUUAUUAUUAUUGAGAGUAAUGCCAAAGUUAGAUUUUAAGUGUUCUGUUAUAUAUUAAAUUUAUUAAGUACUUAUGCACCGAAUUAAGUUUAAAUUUUUUGACGAUGCGUACGAAGAGAAUGGUUUGGGACGAUGAUAACGUCUAAAUAGACGAUUUUUAAAAUACAUAUUAUAUGUGAAUGUAUGAUAGAUUUCAUUGUAAUAAAGUAUUAAAACUA